AUGACUAGGAGACGAAUGGUAUCCACUUUCAUACUAGAACUCUUGACUAUUGCCAGCCUGAUUCUUGCCAACACUGAGACAUUGUUUUUCAAAGUACCUUCCACCUUUAGAUCUGAAAGUUCAGAGUAUGACACGGCCAGCCCACACUUAUCGCUCGUCAAUACGAACCGUGGAACUAAGGAAUUCGAUAUACCAAUUGGAUCUACAUUUGGAUUGGAGCUACACGGUUUAGAGCCAGGCGAUACUUACCAGGCCAAGUUCUGUUGGACGGCUGCAGAUCCAGUCGAUGUACGAGUAAUAGGUUGGGCUCUACAAAGAAAAAAAGGCUCACCCAGCAGUAAGGAUUUGAUAAAUGUUGUCAAUGUUGAGCUAGUGCCCUUUUCCUACCCAGCCAUCAAAACAUCGACGGUUCCGGUAAUUGUGUCCGUUGCAGCCGUCCGCUUAGGGCUACCGGUGGAUCUCUAUUCUACAUUGUUGUACAUAACACUGGUUUUCGCCGCCACCUAUGGCGUAUAUCGCCAUUUUUUGCGUUCAAUAGUAUGGUGA